AAAAUUAAAAAAACAGGCGUAUUUUGUUUAUUUACACUUUCUAUAGAAUUGCUCUGGUAGAAAAUAGUAUCUGCAAAAUUUUGAUGAAAAUUUUUAUAAUGUUUAUUAAUCAAUAUAACCGAAACAAUGGGCGUGGUUGAAAAAAGUUAUAUGUUUACAAUACCUGUUGACCUUUCUGGAAACGAAUUAGUGUCGAUUAUGCCAUAACAGCGGUAUAUCAUUGCGGGCAUCAGCCGCACCUUAGCUAGAAGCAAGCGAUUGUACUUAUGUAGAGCACUGGAAACAUUUGUAAAUGAAAAGUAUACUUAUAAAAUAUGUAUAUGAGUGUAUAUCCAUAUUCUAAUAUACAGGCCAUGUGAUAAUUACUAUAUCAGUUAUAGUUUUUCAUUUUGUUAAAAAUUAAACGCAUAUUAAAGGUCAUCUGGACAUGAGAGUCUAUACAAUUGACACUAAUAUCAUUAAUUAACUUCUGCAUCGAUUUUUAUUUCCAGCAAAAUGCAUAUAUACAUAAAUAAACAAAUUUGUCAUUGACGUUAGCGAAAAACUAAAACAGGAGUAAUGGUUACUUUACGUAUUUUAUGAUUUCUCGUUUCUUUAGUCGCUACAAACCGACAACAGUUAGUGAAGGUGCUAUUAGGUAAAUUUGCUUUAUAGCCAUUUGCCGUGGUUAGGCAGCCGUUCCUAAAGUUAGAAGGGGGAGGCAUGAGCUCCAACUCGGCGCCUCAUCCGGUCGCUCCUCGCGCAAAUUGUCAAUUGGCCGUCGUCGACUCAGGGCUGUCAACGAACAAGGUUGAGCUCUAUGUGACUUCACGUGACUUGCCGGUGCUGUUAGCCAAAACUACAAGAUUUGCAAUUAAUUAUCUAUAAUAAAUAUACAAAAAUCAUUGUUCAAGUCUAAGGUUGUAAAUUGGCGCUUUCUAUUGACACUAACAAUAUAAGAUCUAAAAUUAAUUUAAAAGUUUAUGUACACCUCUAUUGCUUUUAAUAACGUAACAAGGAAGUAUUCAUUGUUCAGUAUUAUUCUUCUGCAAUCAAUCAUUAUCGAUUUAUUAGAACCAAAGAGAUAUUGAAUAGGCUGGACAGUGGAUCGAAAGACGACUUAUGCGACGUUAAUGCGGACUUCCUGUCUCCUUUGAUCUGUCAAUUUCCUUCAUAGUGCACUCGGUGAUGUGCGGGUGUCUAAACGAGGUAUGACACGCACAAUUUGGCACAUACAUGAACCAAGAGUAUCACAGUGUCUUGCUGGCCGGCACGUCGUCUUUUCUGAAAUCGGUUAAUCCGGUUAAACAAGUUAUUUCAGUAGUAAUUUGAGACAAUUUGUCUACGAUUUGCUUGUUGACUUUGUAAUUUGUGAAGAAGCCGUUAAUAAAAGUGUCAUAGACGAACAUUAGUUCAACUGGAAAGAUAUUAUGCUUUAUUCAAAUAAUAACGCAAUACUCCGCAACUGCACGCCGCCGGCUAUCGACGAUUUCCCGGCUGGGCUGUUCACAGAGCUCCAGCGGCAGCAUGGCGCCAUCGUUCUCCACGCUCUCAUCUCUAUCUACCUCUUUAUUGCCCUCGCUGUGGUCUGCGAUAAGUUUUUUGUUCCUGCCGUGGGUAGAAUAUGUCACGCGCUAAACAUGACGAACGAUGUAGCCGGGGCAACAUUUAUGGCGGCAGCUACUUCUGCACCUGAGCUUUUCGUGAAUGUGAUAGGAACAUUCAUUACUGAAGGUGACAUUGGAGUGGGGACCAUUGUCGGUUCUGCCGUAUUCAAUAUCCUUGCUGUAGCUGCGUGCUGCGGUAUCGGAGCUGGAAUGGUAGUACCUUUAGACUGGUGGCCAUUGACAAGAGAUUGCCUUGCAUAUGGAAUUACAGUUUCGAUACUUAUUUGUAUAAUGCAUGAUGAAUACGUACAGUGGUAUGAAGCAUUUUUACUGGUUCUACUAUAUGGAGUUUACAUUUGUAUUAUGUAUUACGAUAAAUCUAUUCAACAUUUUGCUAGAGGAAGCUGGCAGUUUAUGUCUAAUCUAUUGCACAAAAAAGAUGAAAAACAAGACGGCUUAGAAAAUGAAGUUAAAAAUAUUAAAUCUCCUCCACCGAUUAAUAAAAGCGAUUUAGCUAUGGACCAUCAUCAACAUAAUGGAAAUAUAAAAACUGCCUUAUCUCCUUACCCAGACGUCAGUGAAAAGAAUAUUGAAAUUGAGUCAUCGCAAAUUGAAAAAACAUCACUGGCCGAAAUUGAAAAGACCAAAAAUAAUGACGUUGAAACUAGAACUAUCGACAUGGAUAUUGUCUGUUCAGAAGAUAACGUUAAUCAGUCGAAUACAGACGAAACAAAAGACGGAGUUGAUGAAUACGAGCAUUCGCUUUGGAAAUGGCCGACUGGUAGAAGCUGUUUGACUAAGACCACUUGGAUUGUAACAUGGCCUAUCCAUUUAGUUUUUUUAUUUACAAUACCAGACUGUGAAAAACCACGAUUUAAGAAUUGGUUUCCGCUGACGUUUAUGAUGUGCAUUGUAUGGAUAGGAUCACUUUCUUACAUUGUAGCCUGGAUGAUUACGAUUAUCGGCGAUACAUUAAUGAUACCAGAUUCUGUGAUGGGAAUUACAUUCCUUGCUGCUGGUACGUCUGUCCCUGAAGCAGUUUCGAGCGUUAUAGUGGCUAAACAAGGACAUGGAUCAAUGGGAAUAAGUAACUCUAUUGGAUCGAAUACAUUCGAUAUUCUGUUAUGCUUGGGACUACCAUGGCUUAUUAAAGCGUCACUAACUCCGGCGGAACCUGGACACUAUUGGGUGAAAAUUAAUUCAAUGGGUUUGGAAUACUCUGCAAUAUCGUUGUUAUCAACACUACUUUUGCUGUAUUUGACAUUUUGGUUCAACAAAUUUAAGUUGGAUGCGGCCGUCGGUCGAGCGUGCCUCGGCAUGUAUGCCAUGUUUUUGGUGCUUGCUACCUUAAUUGAGCUGAAUGUUUUCUUCCCCGUCAACAUGCGUACGUGCAAGAGAACGGAACUGAAAUCCUAACUUAGUGUAUAAACGAUAAUGAAAAAUGAACUGUGAAAUUAAAGGACGAUGGUAGAUAUCUUUUGUAGUAAACUGUGCGUGUUAGUAUUAGUAAACACCGAUUAGUGUAUAAUGAGCUUUUUCAACAUGAUCGAAUUAUUCGUUUAAUUGAGGAAUUCUCUAAUAUUAUAACAGUUGUUUGCUUUCAAUUAAUUUAUCGUAGAAAAAAGUAUUAAUCUGGUUUGUUCAUAGUUCUCAAAGUUCGUAAUUAUCAACAAAAAUUAUUCUAAAUUUUAACGUUGUAAUAUAGUCGUAAAAGUAAACAAUUAUUGACCAGCUAUGAUUCAUAAGGUUUUUAGAAGAGGCUUUAUAUAUAUGAUUCAUUUAAUAGAAUCUUAUGAAUAUGAUGUUAAUAAGUAUUUAUAAUUUCGCUUGCAUAGAUACAUGAAUGGUAAAUAGUAGGUAUCGAGUAUUGUGGUGUCAUGAACCUCGAUAGAUGUGUUUUUGUACAUAUAUACAACGUAACAAAGUUUUAAGUUUAAUUAAAUAUAUAGAUUUAUUUCA